AUGACAACCGCUGCACCUCUCCACAACACACCCGCCCAUAACCUCUCUCAAUCUUCACGGAUUGAAGCCGCCGGCCAAAUCAGUAUCAGAGACAGUAGUUUUGUCCCUCGCGGUGAUACAAUUGUCACCCUCAAUUAUUUCAGACCACCCGAAGACGGCGCCGCACCUUUCAAUUACGUCGAAGCACCGCCCCAAGGACAACCUCAACGCAACUUUGGAGAUUUUGACAUCCAAGUUCCCAUCAGCGAUAUCCGCGGCAAAGAAUCACAAUACAAUCUUAACAAAGAUGCAUUCGAGGUAAUCCUCGAAGUCCCGGAGUCUGCAGAAAGGGAAUUUCGAGACGAUGAAUCAAUCAAAACAAACUAUUAUCCCGAAGUCGAGAAAUUAGUCUUGGAUCAUGUACCCGGCUCGAACAAGGUGUUUAUUUUUGACCAUACUGUUCGUCGCUCAGAUCCCAAUGCUCAUCGAGGCCCGGUCGCAAGAGUCCAUAUCGAUCAAACUUUGAAAUCGGCCAAGCAACGUGUACAUCGUCACUUGCCAGAAGAAGCAGAGAAACUCCUUCAAGGUCGAUUUAGAAUUAUAAAUGUAUGGCGUCCAAUCAAUGGAGUUGUUCAGGGGAACCCGCUAGCAUUCGCUAGCUCGGCAUCUACUCUCGACGAAGAUGUUAUCCCGGUCGAACAUCGAUAUCCAGAUACAACUGGCGAAACAGCUGGUAUCAGAUAUAACGAGGGACAAAAAUGGCACUACCUGUCUGGAAUGAAGAAUGAUGAGAGAUUAUUCUUAGAGUGCUUCGACAGUGAAUCGUUGAAGCCUGGUACUGAGGUUCAGGGUGGUAGAGUGCCACAUACUGCAUUUGAAGAUCCUAGAACACCCGAGGGUGCAAAAGGUAGAGAGAGUAUCGAAGUUAGAUGUUUGGUUUUUGGUCCUUGA